UACAAUAGUACUCUACACCUUCCGAAUACCGUUAGUUCGACUUGUUCCUGGUUCGUGUUAACAACGAAAAAACAAUACACCUGUUCGCAUGGGUUCGACUGAAAAUAAGAAGGACGAUUUGUCCUUCUAUAACACCAAUAUAAUACUGGAAGAUACAAACCAAAAUUCAAAAGGCAAGGAUAAAUCGAAAUUCUCUUCAGAUUUUACUGAUAAAAAAGAAAAGAAGGACACUAAAGAAGAAGCUGAAGCUAAAAAGAGCGAUGAAGCCCCUGAAGUACCUUUCCUUAGUAUGUAUAAAUACUCGAGCUGCACGGAUAAAUCAAUGUAUUUUGUGGGAAUGGUGUGUGCAAUCUUAACUGGAAUAACUACUCCGCUCAACAGUUUAAUAUUUGGUAACUUAACCGAUGCAAUGGUUAAAUACGGUAUAUAUUUAACGAGCCAAGAACAAACCAGAAGUCUUGAAUCCGACGAGUUACUUGAUGCUGUAAAAACAUUUGCUCUGCAGAAUGCAUAUAUUGGUGCUGUUAUGUUGAUAUGCAGUUAUCUAUCUAUUGCAUUGUUUAAUUAUGCAGCCCAAUCUCAGAUAUACACAAUUCGAGGAAAGUUUUUCAAAGCUGUUUUACAUCAAGAUAUGUCAUGGUAUGACUUUCAUCAGAGUGGAGAGGUAGCAAGCCGAAUGAAUGAAGAUUUGACAAAAAUGGAAGAUGGAUUGGGAGAAAAAAUUGUGAUAUUCAUCAACUUUGUUAUAGCUUUCAUAUCGUCUCUAGCACUAGCGUUUGCUAAAGGCUGGCAGUUAGCUUUAGUAUGUCUAACAAGUCUUCCUGUCACUCUUAUAUCCUUAUCAAUUGUUGGAAUGAUUACCGCUAAACUAUCAAAAAAAGAAUUAAAUGUAUAUGCCAAAGGUGGUAAUAUUGCUGAAGAGGCUUUAAGUGGAAUUCGAACCGUCAAAGCAUUUGAAGGUGAAGCAAAAGAAGCAGCAGCUUAUCGUUCCAAUAUAGUAGAUGCUCGAAAAAUAAAUGUUAAACGUGGCUUUUUCUCUGGUAUUGGUUUUGGUUUGUUAUGGUUCUUUAUUUACUCUUCGUAUGCUUUGGCCUUUUGGUAUGGAGUUGGACUAGUCAUAAAAGCAAAUGCUGAAACUCCAGGCUUUGAAAAUUACACACCUGGAACAAUGAUUACUGUAUUUUUCUCUGUAAUGAUGGGAUCUAUGAAUAUUGGCAUGGCAGCGCCUUAUAUUGAAGCAUUUGGAAUAGCAAAGGGUGCUUGUGCAAAGAUUUAUCAUCUUAUUGAAAAGAAGCCUGAAAUUAAUCCUAUUGAACGAAGAGGUAUCAAACCAAAGGGUGCUCUUAACGAAAUAGAGUUUAGAGAUGUUGAAUUCCAGUAUCCUACUAGAACAGAUAUAAAGAUUUUACGAAAAUUGAAUAUUAAAAUUAAAAAAGGUGAAACUGUUGCAUUGGUCGGAUCUUCUGGAUGUGGAAAAUCAACUUGUAUUCAACUCUUACAACGCUUUUACGACCCAAAUGGUGGAAAUAUAUUUAUUAAUAAUGUUAACUUAAAAGAAUAUGAUGUCCAAAGUUUGCGUGAAAGGAUUGGUGUUGUAGGUCAGGAACCAGUGCUAUUUGGUACAACUAUUUAUGAAAAUAUUCGAUAUGGCAAAGAAGAUGCCACUAGAGCUGAAAUUGUCGAAGCUUCUAAGGCUUCUAAUGCCCACUUAUUUAUCCAAAAACUUCCUCAAGGAUAUGAAACUUUAGUUGGUGAAAGAGGAGCUCAGCUAUCUGGAGGGCAGAAACAACGAAUUGCAAUUGCAAGAGCUCUUGUUCGUAAUCCAGAGAUUUUACUUUUGGAUGAAGCCACUUCUGCUUUAGAUACAGCGAGUGAAGCAAAAGUACAAGCUGCCUUAGAAAAGGCAAGUGAGGGUAGAACAACAGUAAUAGUUGCACAUCGAUUGUCGACAAUCCGCAGAGCAGAUAAAAUCAUAGUUAUCGAUAAAGGACAAGUUGUAGAAAGUGGAACACAUAAAGAAUUAAUGGAAGUUAAGGGACAAUAUUUCAAUUUGGUAACGACUCAACUAGGAGAUGAAAGUUUGGCUCUUAGUCCUGGCAUUGUUGGUAAGGUUGAUAUUUUUACUGAAGAUGAAGACGAAUCCGAAAUAGCCAUUGUUAAAGAAGAAGAGGCACUCCAAAGCAUAACAGAAAACGAUGCUUCAUAUUCCCUAGUUGCUGUUAUGAAACUUAAUAAAACAGAAUGGCCUCAAAUAUUAGCUGGAUCAAUAUCGUCUCUAUUUAUGGGAUGCGCUAUGCCUUUAUUUGCCAUAUUAUUCGGUGGAAUUAUACAAAUUCUUGCUUCAAAUGAUCCAACAUAUAUAAGAAACAAUACAAAUAUAUACAGUUUAUAUUUUGUUAUAUGCGGAGUUAUAGUUGGAGUGGCAACAUUUUUGCAGAUAUUCACUUUUGGAAUAGCCGGAGAAUUAUUAACAGAAAGACUUCGUGGAAUGGUAUUUGAAACCAUGCUGAAACAGGAAAUAGGAUGGUUUGAUGAUAGAACAAACGGAACCGGAAGUUUAUGUGCUCGAUUAUCUGGUGAUGCAUCAGCAGUACAAGGAGCCACAGGACAAAGAAUUGGAACUAUUUUGCAAUCCCUGGCUACUCUUCUGCUAGGUGUUGGUCUUGCUAUGUACUACGAAUGGAGUUUAGGUCUAAUAGGUUUAGCAUUUACUCCUUUUAUCUUGAUAGCAACAUACUUGCAAAGAAAAGUUAUGGCUGAUGAAAGUAUGGGAACUGCUAAAGCAAUGGAAACUUGCACAAAGCUUGCUGUAGAAGUAGUUUCCAACGUUAGGACCGUUGUAUCCUUGGGAAGAGAAGAUAUGUUCCAAGUUCAAUAUAUGGAUACUCUUCUUCCUGCUUGUAAUAAAGCUAAACGGAAUACACAUUAUCGUGGCCUUGUGUAUGGAUUGGCUAGAUCAAUUAUGUUUUUCGCAUAUGCUGCUACCAUGUAUUAUGGUGGUUAUUGCAUUGUCAACAAUGGUAUGCCGUACGGAAAUGUCUUCAAAGUUUCACAAGCUUUAAUUAUGGGAACAAUGUCGAUAGCCAACGCACUUGCAUUCGCUCCAAAUUUCCAAAAGGGCGUAACCGCAGCUGAAAAUAUUUUCAAAUUACUAAACAGGAAACCAGCAAUAGUUGAUUCUCCAAAUGCUAGCAAAAAACCUUGGGCAUCAGAAGGCAAUGUCACUUAUGAUAAAGUCAAAUUUAGCUAUCCUAGCCGAAAAGAUAUAACCGUAUUAGCUGGAUUAGAUUUGGAAAUACUUAGAGGUCAGAAAAUUGCACUGGUUGGACCUUCGGGUUGCGGAAAAUCAACUUGCAUUCAGCUUUUGCAACGAUUUUAUGAUGUUAGUGAUGGUUCUUUGUCCAUUGAUCAAAAAGAUGUUCGCUCUCUGACAACGAGCAAUUUGCGUCGUCAACUUGGAAUUGUAUCACAGGAGCCAGUGCUGUUUGAUAGGACUAUUGCCGAAAAUAUUGCCUAUGGUGAUAACUCGAGAGUAGUUUCGGAAACUGAAAUUAUUUCAGCUGCCCAAAAAGCUAAUAUUCAUAAUUUUAUUUCAACUCUUCCACUGGGUUACGAAACACGUUUGGGUGAAAAAGGUACUCAACUAUCUGGUGGACAAAAGCAGCGAGUUGCGAUAGCCAGAGCACUUAUUCGAAAUCCAAGGAUUCUUUUACUAGACGAAGCCACUUCCGCUUUAGAUGCUGAAAGUGAAAAGGUCGUUCAAGAUGCAUUAGAAGUUGCAAGUGAGGGUCGAACAAGCAUUAGCAUUGCCCACAGACUUUCAACUAUUGUUGACAGUGAUUUAAUUGUUGUAAUAGACGCUGGAAAAGUUAGCGAAAUGGGUACACAUCAAGAACUAAUAAAAAUGCGAGGAAUAUACUUCAAUUUGUACAAAUUACAAUCAGGUGCAACUUGAUUAAGUAUUUUCACUAUUGCAAUAAUUUUAAAAAUGAGGCUUUGUUUGUAAAUUUAGUUAUAUUAAUUAAAAAAAAAUUUAACCAA